AUGAGAGGGGGGAAUGGUGCGGAAACGUAUCGAAGGCCCCCUUUGGCUGGGUUGGUUGUCGAGAUUGAGCUUAUGGUCAAGACCAAGGUUACUUCAUCGGAUGACCAUGCUAAUGGCUCCGACCAGUUCUAUUACCCCCCCUAUCCAGCCGUCUUGGGUUCUUCUUCGACCACUUUCGGCCUUGACACGGGCAACGUGGACCAGCGAUCCAUGUCCGUGUCUACCUGCCAUUAUGAGACAAAGACAGGAAAAGGAGGUUUAUCUCAACCACCUGCGGAAAGACAGCAGCAACCUAGUCUGAGGACAAGUCAGGAGAGCAGCAAGGUUAGACACCCGCAUGGCAUGAAGGUACACUGGGGUUCUCGUGGAAGUACCUAA